AUGGCCAACAUACAAAUAGAAGUAGCGCCUCAAGCACGACUUAUUCUUGAACCAGAACCCGAGCACAUAUUGGACUCUGAGAUUUUAUCUGAAUCCGAAGCUUUAUCGGAACCUGAAGCCCCAUUAGAACCUGAAGCCUCAUUGGAACCUGAGUCCCUGUUGGAACCUGAGUCUCUGUUGGGACCUGAAUCCCCAUUGGGACCUGAAUCCCCGUUGGGACCUGAAUCCCCGUUGGGACCUGAAUCCCCGUUGGAACCUGAAUCCCCGUUGGGACCUGAAUCUCCGUUGGAACCUGAAUCCCCAUUAGAACCUGAAUCCCCCCAGGAUUAUGCCUCUCUUGAGGCCUUUAAAUAUAUUUCUAAUCAAUACGCUGAAGCAAGCGGAUUUAAAGUGAUUUUCUUAAAGGGUAACAAUCGUAGCGAUGGCUUGCACACUACUCAAGUUUUUGCCUGCGAUCGCUCUGGUGUGUAUAAAUCUAGAAAAGAUCUGACCAAGAAAGGCAGAAAUAAAGUAUCAAAAAAAUGCAACUGCCCCUGGUCUGUUCGUCUUAAUCAUAAUCUAGAAGAUGACAAAUAUUAUAUUUCCCAAGAGGAAAUUUUUACUUUGAAAAAAGCAGGAAUUUCGAUACCACAAAUCCAAUCUCUGCUUAUAGUAAAAUACGGACCAGCCGCAAAGACGUGGGUAAUUAAAGACAUGUAUGAUCUGAUUGAUACUGAUCGUAUGUUACUUCGUGAAUUUCAAGCCCAUGAUUUUCUUCUCCUCCUCCAACAAAAAC